AAACCAUUUUUUGCAUACAGAUCUCUCAGAUGCGCACGGAUUACGCUGCAUAUGAAUCUGUUCGCUUCAUUCGCAGCCAACAAUGCUCUGUGGUUGAGCUGGUACAAAUUUAUAGUAGCGAAUACGGAUCUACUACUUAGCAACGGCAUACCAUGUCGCGUCCUGCACGUGCUCCUUCAUUACUUUCUAUUAACCAACUACGCCUGGAUGCUCUGCGAAGGCUUCUACUUGCACACUCUGCUAGUGAGCGCAUUCACUAGCGAGCACAAAUUAGUGAAUUGGCUGAUGGGACUCGGUUGGCCAGUGCCAGCUGUGAUUGUCACCUUGUAUACGAUAUUGCGCGCCUGCAGUAGCAAUCCUCAAGACACCGAACAUGUUUGGAAUCCGUUGAAGGAGACUAUUGACCCAUGGCAGCGGUCGACCGCGGGAAGGGUGCCGCCGGUCGACACUAAUUUCUCAGCAAGAAGAGCAUGCGGUCAGUCGCGUACGGUAAAAUUGGGUAUGUCCGGCACCAUGAUGCCACGGUAGCUAAAUGCGCCGAGGUAGGAGAUCGAAGCCAUGGUGCGACAAUCAUGUUACCGUUCCAUUACGUACGACAGCUGGACGAAAACUGUCGAUAUACCCGUCGCGAAAUGCGUCUACUUGAUGCAAACGAAUUAGCGGUGUCCACGACUUAAAAUUGAUCGAACACCUCGUUACUUUGAUAAAUAAUUUGUUUGCUUUGUUAAAAAAUUAUGAAGAUAAAUUAAUUUAAUAUCAAAUAUAUAGACAAAGUGUUCUCAUUCAUUUGGUUAUUUAUUUUACACAUUUAUUUUGAUUAAGAGAGAAAAAUCAAAGGUAUACAAAAUAUCGCUAAUCAAUCAAUUUAUUUAUAUACCCCGUGUUGCACAUGAUGAUAAAUUAUGGAACGAGACAGGAUCAAAGAAAUAAUGCGGAAGUGCAUUAGGAACGUUCCUAUUUUGUUCGAUCCUAGCUUAGUCAUGAUGAAUCACGUAAGAAAACAGUACACGCGAUC